AUUCAUGCGCAAAGCGUGAAAAAAAUCGCUCGAGGCUGAAAUCCUCCCAUUCUUGCAGCCAAGAUGUCUCUGCUUCCAUGGCUAUAUCCGCUCCGAUUUACUCUCCUUCAACACUCGCAUCCCACGACCAAGCUCUCUUCCUUGGGCUCUAAAAAAUUCACCACUUAUCGUUCCAUGCGAGAAGCUCCUAAAUUUUGGUGCUCCAGUUCCAGAGAAGGACCCGGAGAAUUCUGCUCGAAGGAGAAUUUGGAAGGGAAAGAGUUCAAAAUUUGCCGGCCAUGGCACGUUCCAUGGGAUUGGAAGGUCACGGCAUGUGUCAUGAUGCCGUACUUGAUAAGUACUAUUUUCACAGGAUUCAUGGAAUCAGGAGGAUCGGGUGGAUUACUGAAGCCUUACUCUGAGACUAUGCUCUCUCAGAUGCAUAGCACUGAUGAAAUAGCAAUGCAAUUGUUUAUGGAUCAGCUGUUAAAAUCAGUGGCCAAGCUUUCAGUUUUGUACAUGUUUGUCAGGCCACAUCAACCAUUUCCGGAUGACAUCUUUUCUUUUAGAUGGGGGCGACCAUUCAAUCUCCAGAAUGGCUGGAUUCUAUGGGCAAGUGGAGGUUUAGUAAUUGCUAGUUUUGCUGUUUUUCUUGUUAAAGCUCUAAUAUCUGCUUCCAGUGCUGGCCAGACACCAAAUCAGGCAGAAUUUUUGGUACAGUUGCUGCCAUUCAUUGAUUCAUCAAAUCUCAGUACUUUUUGGCUACUUGGCACCCUGGGUAUCCUUGCCCCGGUUUGUGAAGAGACAGUGUAUCGUGGCUUUCUGAUGACGUCCUUAACAAAAUGCAGGUUUCCUCUUCCUGUCUCAGUGGCUUUGAGUUCUGCAUUAUUUACUAUUGCACACCACUCUCCUGGAAAAUCUAUCGAAAUUUUUAUUUUUGGAUUGUUGCUAGGGCUGGUGUAUGCUCAGACACGAAAUCUUCUUGCUCCAAUUACAAUGCAUGCAUGUUGGAAUGCUGGUGUCAUUAUCAUCCUUACUUAUCUUCAUUCACAAGGACAUGAAAUCCAGAAGUAUGUUCUAUGAUUUGAUUACUAGUGCACCACUGCUUAAUAGUAUUGGAUUGACACGUUUCUACAAGGCUUGGUGCUCAAAUAAACUGCAACCACCAUAGGAGCAAAGGUGGUUCUCUAGGGGAAUAUGAGAAUUAGGAUGCAAAAUUUAAGCUUCAUAUUUUGAUUCUCAACUCAUACCAGGAAGUUGCAGUUAGUAUUAACUGGGAUUCAGGUAGCAGGGGCAAACACUCGCAGGGAAAAGAGAGUAAGGGCAGAGUAAUAUAAACGGGUGAGAGGACGGGUUAAUAUAAUACCUUUUUUUUUAUUUUUCUUUCUUUCUUGUUUCUUGUUUUUGGGGUGGGGUUGGGGGGAGGGGGGAGGGUCAGAACCUGUAAAUCCAUGCAUAAAACUUUGGAAAUACUGUACUGGAAUCUGGUAUUAAUUUUACUUGUAAGAGUCGACAAUGAUUUUCCAAAUGCAUAUGGAAGCGAUGGCCAGUAUGAAACAUUGUAUUUUGAUCCUCCUCACAAAAGGGAUGCUUCUGCCACUCGGUUUCCAUAGUGAGUGAAUACACUUUUAAAGUUUUUUAAAGUUUCUGAAUAGUGAUUUGGAAAGUAAUGUUACAUGUAUAUAGGUUGUAGCAUGGCUUAAUUUCACUUUUAGCACAAGUCAUGUUAUGUUGUUGAUGCAUAUAUAAUACAUUUUCAGACUAGAACAAUAAUCUUUGGGGAUUCAAAUACUUAUCAUCUUGAAAUAGCCCCCUCUAUGGAAUGAAGCACGGUUAAUGCUGUGAAAUCUGUUCAUAUUCUCUGGUCGUAUAUCCCAUUAUGAUAUCUUGUUUGUAAAUUGUGUUGUCGGACUAAAUAUUUCCUGUCGGAAAAGUGGCAUUAUGGUGAUGAUGUUAGAGAAAUACUGAGCUCGAGCAACAAGAUAAGAGAUCAGGGAAAUUAAAAUUGGAGAAUAUGAGCUUUUCCUCCUGGAGUAGAUCGUCAAAUCUGGGAAUGAGGCAUAGGCGAUGAGCAGGAUCUUCCUCACUUUCAGUGGUCCACUAACUUUCAGAGAAAUUUCUGGCUUCCUCCAGAGUGCCAUCCCCAUGGGCCUCAUGAACAGCAGUUCUGUGGUUCACUUGCUGUAUGCUAUGUCCUUGAUAGUUGAUACUAAAUCUCACCUUCUGAGUUCCCCCCUUGGAGAAAAGAUUCCUUUUAGUUUAUGUUAAUUGUUAAAAGAUUCCUUUUAGUUGUUAUUAAUUGUUAUGCCCUUGGGAUUUGGACAGACAAAACUAUGGUUUAUCACUGCAUGCAUUUCAUU